CGGUGGCGCAUUUUCCCCUCAGGAGGGGAAGGUGGCGCCCGGCAGGGCGGAAGGAAGGAGAGGGGCGGCGCUGCCGCUCUAGGCUCUGCCGCCGUCAACGCCGCCACUCCCGGUCCGGAGGCUGCUCGGGGGCGCGGCUCCGGCUGCCAGCGGAGGACGAGACGGCGGCGAGUUCUAGAGGCAGCUGAAGGGGCUGUACCUGUCAUGUUGAACUCCGAAAAAAGUGAACCGUAUUUCCCUCGGUCUGGCUGUGGCGGGAGUUUGGCGGCUGCGGACAGGGCGGCAGCAACUUUGUGCUCUCUUGUGAAAUUGAACUACGUCUUAGGAAGUAAAGAAAUGGAUGGGAUGGAUGAAACAUCUAAAAGAAUCCUAGAGCCAUACCAGUAUUUGCUUCAACUACCAGGUAAGCAAGUGAGAACCAAACUGUCACAGGCCUUUAAUCACUGGCUCAAUGUUCCGGAAGAUAAAAUACAGGUUAUCAUUGAAGUGACGGAGAUGUUGCACAAUGCAAGCCUACUUGUGGAUGAUAUUGAAGAUAACUCAAAGCUACGACGGGGCUUUCCAGUGGCACAUAGUAUCUAUGGAAUUCCAUCUGUAAUCAACUGUGCUAAUUAUGUUUAUUUUCUUGGCUUAGAGAAGGUUUUAACCCUUGAUCAUCCAGAUGCUGUUAAAGUUUUUACCCGUCAACUUUUGGAACUCCAUAAAGGUCAAGGCUUGGAUAUUUACUGGAGGGAUACUUACACCUGUCCUACGGAGGCUGAAUAUAAAGCUAUGGUUCUGCAAAAGACAGGUGGUCUCUUUGGAUUAGCUGUAGGCCUCAUGCAGCUGUUCUCAAAUUAUGAAAAAGACUUAAAGCCACUUCUUAACACACUUGGUCUCUUCUUCCAAAUAAGAGAUGACUAUGCCAACUUGCACUCCAAAGAAUAUAGUGAGAACAAGAGUUUUUGUGAAGACUUAACUGAGGGAAAGUUCUCAUUCCCAACCAUUCAUGCAAUUUGGUCAAGACCUGAAAGUACUCAGGUGCAAAACAUUUUACGUCAAAGGACAGAGAAUAUAGAUAUAAAAAAGUACUGUGUACAUUACCUUGAAAAUGUUGGUUCCUUUGAGUACACUCGGAAUACAUUGAAAGAGCUUGAAUCUGAAGCCUAUAAACAAAUAGAAUCACUUGGGGGAAACCCUGAGCUUGUAGCACUAGUUCAACAGCUGAGCAAAAUGUUCAAAGAGACCGAAAAUUAAAAAAUUAACUUCUGGGUGUGGAUUAAAACUCCCUUUAAAAUGGGAAGAUAACCAGAUGGAGAAGUGUGAUAAUCAGUCUUAUGUAAAACUCUCUUGUAGCCAUGUUUCAGAAAUKACUGUUAAAAAUAACUUGUCAUUGAGUUUUGGAAUACAUACCCUAUUAUCUCUGAAGUCUUAACUGUAGCUACUUACAGUUGGUUUUGUUAAAGCAGAUGUACUGGAACUGAAACAAGUUUUGACUCUAAGUGUAAUAAUCUUUACACAACCAUAGGCAUUAUUUCAUACCUAAAACUCUUGUGCCCCUAACCAGGCUAUGACAGGUUUCUGGUUGAAAUUCUGUGUUAAGUUAAAUCAGGUUGACAUGUGAGUAGUGUGCAUUUUAAACAAUGCUUCUAUAAACCAAAAUAUGUGUUAAAAACCAAAAGAAGAUACUUGCAACCACAAUACACAUAUAAUUGUUGCGUGAUGUUUGUAAGUUUAACUUGUGAAGAUCAGGUGGGUCAGCUUACUAUGUUCUAGAGUGAAUAUCCUAUCCAGCUUCAGGGAUAUUUUCAGGGGAAUGGGAAUUACAGAAGAUAGUAUUUUAUAUGCAAAUAAGACUUGCUUAGUCUGAGAUUGGGACUUUGUAAAGAUUUUGAAGUACCUCAGAAAAGAUUUCAUCACAUUGACAAAGUGUGAAUUUGCUGCUGAUUCCAGCUCUUUAGUAAAUAAUACUGCUCACCUGGUUUUAGAUUUUGAAACUGUAGAACAUUCUGUAGCCAGAAACUUGGAUCUGUGCAUUAGAGUUCAUAUAUGUAACUGUAAAUAGCAACAUAAUGAGCUACUAUUGUGAAUGGAAAGGUAUUCACGCCAGGUAACUUUAGGACGUCAUAAUUGGCGCAGGUCUCUUUAAUCUCUGCUUAUAAUUGAGGGGCUUCUCCAAGACUUUAUUUAUAAUUCAUUCUUCAUUCCUGUUAUGAAUUGCUUUCUGGAGGCAUGUUAUAGAUCUCCCCAAAGAGACAAGAGCUGUAUUUUUUUGUGAAAGUACAGUAUCUUGUUUUACAAGCUACAGUACCACUUCAGUUUUGUUAAUUGUUUAUAUAGAGCUUUAAAAUUAUAGAUAUACCAAAAUAGAACUGGGACUAAGAGCAGAAUUUAGGGGUGAGACUGAUAACUAAUUAAGGUUCUCUGCUUAUAUAUAUAUAUAUAUAUAUAUAUAUAUAUAAAGAAAAAGGUUAAUAAAAUGUAAGCAGAUACAUUUGGUUUUUUCUUGGCUGGGCUGGCUUUAAUCAGGUUCAGUUCCCUUUGUGUUCACAGCUGUAUUAAGCUUUGCUUUGGGGUAGCAAGGUAAUGAUUUGGAUCAAAUGUAGGACUGGUGCUAUAAGCUGUGGUGUUAGCUCAAGCAUAGUCGGAAAUGGACAGAGGUACUUGGCUUCUGAUGGCUAAAGGAUAGUUUUAUGCUGAUGUUUGUUCAUGUACUGUACCUGGAAAACAGGGAGGGCUAUGCUCUCAACCCACUGAGAAAACUAACUGAAAAAGGUUGCUGUGAUAUCUUCCGUUCACAGCCUUAAUAUCCUUCUGAAGGUGAUCAAACAUGACAAAAUUGACGAUGACUGCUUUCAGUCAGAAAUAUUAUGUGGUUAUGGAUGAUAGCCUAUCCCUUUUAUCUGCAUGCUGAGGAGAAAUCUUUGAUUAGGCACAGUUCACUGAAUGACCUGAUUGCCAGGACUGAAUAGCUUAAAGUUGGUGAAAGGUGUCUUUAAUG